GAGGUGCAGCUUGAGUUUCAGUGAUAGCGUUUUACACAGUCUGCCUGCCCAGCUACACCUGUGUGUCAACCAGAAUAGGUUUAACCUCUACUGAUCGUUUGUUACUUGUUUUAAUGAAGGUGGGAAUUUGGAGGUGUUGGGAAAUUGACAAAGCCUAACGUGGUGUAUUGAAUUUGUAGGAUCACUCUUGUCAAAAUGGCCACAAAAGACACAGAAGAUGACAUCUAUGCCUAUGGUCUGUCUGUGGCUCUCACUAAAGUUGCUGCUCCUUCUACUGUUGGACUUUACUCUUCUUGCCCAAGACGCAUUAAAGGACUUCUGAGGAAGCUUGAAACAAAUAUGAAAAGGGAAUCAGAACGAAGAGAAAAGAAGUACCCACCUGCACAAAAGAAGGGUUCUCUUUGGAAUUUUGUGUCCAUGUUAGUCCGUAUGAUUUUCUACUGGCCGAAGUGGUCGGACAAGCACAAGGAGAGAAAAAAUGUCCAAUACAUAUUUAUACGGUUCAAUGCCUGGCACUUCACAGGCACGGACAAGUUAUGGGCGGGCCUGGUCAUAACCCUCUGCCAAUCGUUUCAAACUACGUUUGGCAGUUUUCUCGUCAGCCUUUUCAGAACUGCUCAAAAAAUAGAUGAGUCUGUCAGGAAAACAAUAAAGGAAAGCCGUGAGACGGAGUGGAUAGCCAAAAAAAUUUGCUGCUUUCCCCUUUGGCUUCUUACACUUGUUUCAGCUCCACUUGUCAUUGGGUUAAUUGCUGCUGUCAUAAUUGUUGGUUUCCCAAUUGGCGACAGUUCUGGUGAUGGUAUAACAGCGUUUGAAAGCAUGGCUAUUGCAACGCUUGGGCUACCAGCUGCUGGUGCAGUGAGGUUCACCUUUCUGUUGAGUAAAAAUCUGAUGUUCAGUCAAGAUUUCAGUAUCCAGAGGCUGAUGGACAAACCUAAAAUGAGCGCUCAGUUGGGCUUUAUGAAUGAAGUGCAGAAAGAGGUGGAAGUUCUCACCAACUUUAUCCACUUCAUGGAAGUCUACAACAGAAGGAAUAUCCGUGUCGUCUUGGAAAUUACCAACUUGGAUCGGUGCACUCCUGAGAAAAUUGUCGGCGUCUUGGAGGCUAUAAACCUCUUGCUUUCUGGGGAAAAUGUCCCGUUCAUUUCCAUACUAGCGAUUGAUCCCAGGGUGAUCGUGAAGAGCGUGGAGAGCUCCAAGAGUUUUGAAGGCAUGGAUAAAAACGGUUAUCUGUUUCUGAACCGCAUCGUGACCCUGCCCUUUACUGUCCCCGAAAUGGAAAUUAGUUCAAAGCGUAGUGUUUUUAGAAAACUUGUAGAAUGUCAGUCAGAAUUUUCUGAAGAUGAUCAAUUAGAAGAGAGCCAGGAGAACUCAAAUAAAGCAGAGAGAUCACAGGUGUUUGAAGAAUAUUUUAUGGAAAGCGGAAUCUCAUGUGAAUCUCAGAUUCCUUUGAUAAGCAGUAUCACAGACAGACGAAAACAAAACGUUACCAUUCAGAAAACAGUUAAGGAUUUGAUUAAAGAGUCACUGAGAGUCAUCAGUGAUGAAGGGACCGAGGGAAACUUUAAUGAUUACCUCAUGGAGAACAGCAUUCAUAUGAGAAGAAUCAUCAAUUCAGUAAGAGUCUCAGUUAUAAUCAUGGCUGCCAGAAAGAAGGAAUUACCACAGGCGAAGGAAGUUGCGGCUUGGAUAGUCCUGGCUAAUCAGUGGCCAUGUCGUCUCAGCUGGAUCUUACAGUGCAUUGAAGAUGACGAACAAAGAGCUGAGAUAGAUAAAGACGUGACUGGGGAAGACAGCAUUGAUGAGACCAAGUGUCUGUGGGAUGUCUUCUGCGAAUCGAGGAUCGAGCUUCACCUGAUAAAGGACCAAAUUAAAAACCUCCUGGAAAUGGAUGGGGAUCCGGAACUGUUUGAAAUGUUUCUCAAGAAAGAUUUUUUGUUUACCAUAAAGAAGGCCAAUUAUUUGAAAGCAUUCACUGUCAACCUCGAUCUGUCCAUCAAGAAGGAUCUGGAAAUAAUCUGCGGAAGCAAAAGUCUAAAAGAUACCAUUAAAUCAGAGGUGCCCACCCCACUGAAAACUGGAUUGGUUUUAAAAAUGAACGAAGACGAUGUGUGCAACGAGAUGAAAAAGCUAAAAUUCUGUGAGACAAAUGCUGACAAGUAUAUGAAAAGAAUAAAGGAGAACCAUCUUGAUGGCCGAGCGUUGCUUUUUGGCCACAACAGUGAGAUCAAAAAUGUCCUUCAGAUGUCCAUGGGAGAAUGGACUGACUUUAGCAUUCAUUUCUUAGGAAUAAAACCAGCAGCUGUAUGCCCUGCUAGAGAUAGAUCUCCAUACCUGAUGUCAGUCCAACCCUCUUCUAUAUCAAUGGAAAAUCUCUCUGUGGGAGAAAGCACAAGGGCUUAAUAGCCCUUCUCAAAUCCAUUUCCCAAUUCAAGAUUACAGCCAUAAAAACAAAGAGCCAGGAACCUCUCGUGGCUAUUUUUUUUUAUUUUUCACAGCUAAUUUCAUGAUAAUUAAUUGUUCAUGAUUUCAAAACGCUCAAUCAGAAUUCCAAAGCAAAACUAUAAAAUCUCUUAAGUAAACUAUAGUUUCUCAUAGUUUUACCUUUACUGGAAAAAAAAAAAAAAAACAUACUGGAGUAACAACCCCUGCUGUUUUUGUUGUGUUUCCCCAUUAUGUGAAAUCUUAAAGACUGUGAUAACCACAAAUUUGUUAUCUGUUAUUGCUAACUAAAGCCAUAUUAGCACUAGUGUCCUCAAAGGGCUGCUUAAUAAUGAACAGUCUCCUAAUAUUUGAUUUCAUUUGAAUAUUUGAUUUGAAUUCUGUUAAUUGAUAUCUCAUUGUGGGAUGGGGAAGUGGUGUAUGCAUGGAUGUUUGUUUGUGGAUAUGCAGAUGAAUUGUCUUUGCAUAAUAAUUCUUGAAAGUAUGGCAUAUUAGCUUCAAUCAAAAAUCACAAGGGUACUGAAAACUGUCUGAAAGCUGUCUUUAAAUACCAAGGUUGCUAUUUAAUAGCUUAGAUACCUUAAUUGAUGCAACAUGUCCUUAAAAUGCUUUAGGCAUUCUAAAUUGUCCUUCAUUAUUUAUUUGUAUUUAUUUUAUUCAAUACAGGCUAUUUUUGCCAUGUGAAUGAACUACUGAAUGAAAAGUAUGCGUAUCAUAUCUGAUGGAACACUGCGUUGAUCGCAUAAAAACAGAGUGGUGUUUGAGAACAUGCUGGUGUUUGACCUUUACCAGCUUGCAAAUAAAAUCAGCGAAUAAACCAUUUUUAUUUCUAUUUUAUAAAUUCUAACUACAUUUUAUGUAUGUUGGUUAAUUAAGUAUCUCUACUGUGUAUUUAGUAGUGGUUACUUAGUAAAUAAAUGUGUACUUUUUGUAUCUGUAAAGCACUUUGAGGCGAUUUAUCACAAAAGGCACUAUGUAAAAAAUAAAGAUUGAUUGACUGUUUGAUUGAUAUAGCAAUGUCUCAAACUCACAAGAACACAGUGAGCCCCAAUCAUAAUGAAGUAAUAUGCACAUCUCUCUUGACAAGGCCUGUCUGUAAAAACCUGUCUAGCCAGGCACAGGUACAAAAUAGGUGCAACUACAGGUAGCACAUGAUACCAAAACAGUUCUGUCUAGAGUGAGUUUCAGUGUAGACUCAAAGAUGGUACCACUCCUGAGAUUGGUAUACAUUUCUUACAAUCACUGUUUAGAUUGUAUCUCUUUCAAGUCUAAAAGUAAUAAACAUGAGGUACAGCCUAGUCUAAAGUAAAAAUAAUUUUAAAACAAGUAUCACUGGUUUAAAUAUAAUUAUGUAUAAACAUAUUCCAUUCAAGUGUUUACAAUUAAGGAUACAUUCAAAACUAAAGCAGAAAUGAUUGUUUUCUUUACUGAUUUGUAACGCAUACAUUUGUUCAUAUAAAAUGACAUUUUUACAAACUAUACAAAUAUGAAUUUUCUAUUAGUUGUGUAAAAACGUUCAUUAACUCGACUGAGACCUGCUGAAUAAUGUUACAUUAACAGACUGAAUUACAUACCGCUUUGUAGUUUUCUAUACACUUAAUGAAAA